AAAUAGAGAUAAUUUUAGGGCGAGGCGACGUUUUCACCUGCUGAACGAUUCAUUUUCCCACUUCUUGCCAGUCGCUUUCAACAUACAAGGUGCAAAGUGGGUGGAUUAUAUCAGUGCCUCUACCAAAGGAUUAGCUACAGAAGAAAAGACGUUGCAAGGAAUAUUUUCUACUGGUUUAAAGUGCUAAAGUGAAAAGGGAUUGUGUGAAUUAAGUGAAGAGAUCAAUAAAGUGCUGGAAAAAUGGCGGGAAAGGGCCAGGGACAGGGUGAAAAUGCUGCAAAGCUGGAAAAUCAAAUAGCCUGCAUUAAAUACACAAUAUUCUGCUUCAACAUUUGUGCUUGGAUGGUGGCUGCAGCUCUCUUUGCUCUCACCGUUUGGAUAAGGGCUGAACCCGGUUUUGCUGAUUGGGUGGAUAUCCUUGAGAUUCAUGCAUACUACAUUGGAAUCUAUAUUCUUAUUGGCAUGAGUAUUAUUGUCAUGGUUUCGUCUUUUCUGGGAUGCUGCAGUGCCCUCAUGGAACAUUCACUUGCUCUAUUCAUGUUUAUCGGUACACAAUGCUUCUGCUUCAUUGUUGGCACUGUUGGUGCUGCUGUUCUUCUGAGUUUCAGUACAAUAGGCUCAAAUGUUCAGCCCAUGAUCUACGACACAAUCACCCGCCUCAUUAUGGCCUCAUCUCAUCAUCAACCAUCUGCUGAUAUCUUGAAGAUGAUUCAAGAAUCUAUUGGCUGCUGCGGAGCUGAUGGUCCCAAUGACUAUGUCAUCCUGAAACAUCCCCUGCCAAGAGAGUGCAGAGAUACCGUAACUGGAAACGCCUUCUUCCAUGGCUGCGUGGAUGAAUUGACGUGGUUCUUGGAGGAUAAAUCCGGCUGGGUAGCUGGUCUUGCCAUGGCUCUAGCCCUCAUGCAUGUCAUCAAUGGUGUUAUGAGCUUGGUCCUUAUACAAGCACUCAAGAAAGAAGAAGGAGAAGUGCACGGAUACAGACACUAAAUUCCCCGACACAAUCUUCAAUAAUCUGUUUAUUUUACAUUUAGCUCCUCAAGAUUUUUAAUAUCAUUUUUAUGUAGAGAUCAUCGAUCCGUGGAAGAUCAUUGCUGACCGUUGAUUCAUGACACACACAGAUACAUUUAUGAUUUCAUGCUUUUGUAUACUUCUGGGCGAAUAAAAACGUGUUUUAAGAUAAGAAA